UGUCACAAUACAUAAAUAAGUAUCAUCCCAAGUUCAAGAGUGCGGGCUGUCUUGAUGAUUCAAAAAUUGGCUGGUAUACAUACUAUUCAUCCUUAAUUCAUGUCGAAUGAAGUGCCAGUGUUGAAACGUUGACAGUGGAUAACAUGAAGAAACGCUAUGUAAGAGACGCGAUGUUCUAUAGACGCCGAAUAGACGCGUUACGCGCUAUCUCACGUGCUUUGCCUCUCACGGGCAACUCGCAGCCCUGACCGAGCUCUUUCAUUUGUUUUUGGCACUUUCUGGCUUGUUCUCUCUUAUACCACGACACCGCUCCAUUGACAGCACCAAUGGAUUCUUCUCUUAAUCUAACUACACUUGCUAGCUCCCUACCGAGCCCGUACCAGAAUGCUGAGAAAGAUCUGCUGAAUAACUUCAAAGCGCUGAGUAUCACUACACUGUACCGAUCCUCUCGAAAUGCUUCGAAGAGAGCGUACAACGCUGGCUAUGCCAGUGCGUGCAAUGAUAUUUUGUUGAUGAUUCAGCAAGGUGUUUCGGUCGAGGGAAUCGAGCAUACACAGAACCAUUGCUCUGAAACAAGCUCAACCACACCAUCGUCCUCUCAGGGCAAAGGCAUGACUAUAGGAAAGGUCAUGGACUGGAUAGAGGCCCGCAUGGAAGCGAUCAAGUCUCGAGAAGAGGAAGAAGACGAAGAAGAGGAAAGGGAACGGGAACGGGAACGAGCUACUACUUCGACUGCGAAUACUGCUGGCUCUGCGACAGCGGCUAAUCCGUCGGCCAAACCUAUAACGGGAUCUAAGCCUUCGAUCCAACCCAAAUCAGCGAGGGAACAGCUCAUAACUAAUCACGCGUCUGACCUACCCGGGCAAUCACAAUCACCCUCUCCGCCACCCGCUACGCUGCGACAAGCACAGCGGGCUCACAACAAGUUGUCUCGUACGCAGGCACAGACCAAGGGUGAUUCUUCUCUACCCUCUAGUCCACUGGUGCCCUCCGUCGAUCGCUCCGCUCUUCACAACCCCACAACGUUCAACUUUGUCUCCGAAGAUCAUGCGGUUUUUCCGUCGGUGGCCUCUUCGUCUCCACCAUUAUUAUCGACAUUGUCGUCUUUCCCAGACCACGUCCCGGCUGUCACUGCCGGAGCGAAACGACGCCAUGCGGUAAUGAUGAUGCUCGAUUCGUCUUCAACGUCCUCGUCGCCUACUUCCGUUGGAAGCUCGACCUCUACACCUAGCGGGACACCUCCACUUAUACAUAGUCACCUAGGCGUGGGAUCCAGGAGACGGACCAGGAGUACCAGAAGCACCAACCACAGCCUAGGUUUGAACGUGAACCUUGGGUUGGCUUCUGAAGCAAUGGACGUUGAAGAAGAUGGGCUAGGAGGCAGGGAAAGAAAGAGGGUUGCGAGACGUUGAUAUUUGAAGCGUCUUUUUGGUAUGGCUUGACAUGACUCUUCCACCGGUUUUUGUCCAUUCUUUCAUGAACGCAUACUCGUACUCUCUUCUUGCAUGACGAUCUCCAUUAUUUACAUUGUCCAUCGUAUUCUGUAGUCAGUAGUAGAUCAUCCACUCCGAAGUUCAAUCUAACCAACAAGUGUAUUAUCAUUUCUCCAUCAUUCCCUUCCCUCAGUAGUAAUAGUAGUAAGUAGUAGUAGCAGUAGCCUUAGGUAUGUAAUCGACGUCCAUGCAAAUCAAGUCCAUGCAAUACAAUCUGGGAGAGCUGC